AUGAAACCUUCGACCCCGACCUCGACACCAUUGACCGGCCAAUUGCACCCUCAUCCUCAAGCUGAAACACAACCCCAUUCUCGACCAGCAUUUAUCUACAUUCCUACUUCAAACUCGACCGCACCUCCUACCGAUCCAACACCGAUCUCCAUUCCAGAUUCGCUACCUCCCUCUCAACCUUACGAAUCCAGACGUACCAUCUUAAAUCGAGCAUAUCCACUUCUCUUUUUGGUCAUUAUAGAUACCUUUUACACCUACAGGCACUUCUCAAGCCUGUCAUUCUCGACCAGCUUCAUAUCAUUCAUUAGGAUAAUCACUCUGGUAUAUGUGGGAUUUACCACGAGAUGGAGGUACAAGAAAAGUUGGGUGAUGUUACUUUGUGGAUUGACGUUGAUUUAUUCGAUUUGGGAGGGAUGUAAGAGGUUUAUGACGAGGGGUGGAGACGACAGUAACAAAGAAGCGGGAAGGGAUGGGAAGUAUUUGAUGAUUACAAGUAUCCUAUCAAUAAUAGAAUAUCUAUCAUACCUUCUCUUACUUCGUCUCUUCCCUCCACCUCCAUCUUCGCACACUGCAAAUCUAUCAUACAAGCUCCCUCUGGCGCAAACGCCCUCUUCGGUGAGAUAUCGAUCAACUUCCACUAGAAAUACACCUGGUUCAGUACGUUUCCACCCUCAGAGUCAGCAUAGGAGACACGUCUCAAGAGGGACAUUGAGAUCUUUGGUUGGAUCAGACCAACAGGGAAUGAGGUAUGAAGCGGACCAAGGAGAUGUAUUCACUUCUUCGACUGAGAUUGGGAUGUCCUCUGGCUAUGGGCUAGAAAGGAGGAGUUUGGACGGGUCGUCAUUACAUCCGCAUGAAGAUGAAUACGAAGAAGAUCAACUAUAUGAUGAUGAAGAGGAACAAGACUAUGAGCAAGAGGGGUACGAUACAACCGAAGAUGAAUCAUCGUAUAGCCCCCCUCGAAAUACGAUCAACCUAGAUAACCUAGAUAACCUAGAAGGUCAAGAAGUAUAUGACCUCGAUGGGAAUGAGGUUGGGGAGGAAGAAGAUGAUGAUCAAUCGGUCUCUUCGAUUUCUUCCUCAUCUAUCAUCGAUCUCCCACCUCCUCUAAUGACUUUACCAAGCAGAUCCACAAGUCUCAACAUUAAUAUGAACAUAAUAGGAUUAGAGAAUUCGCCAAUAGUUGGACCGUUAAUCAGGAGAAGUAGAAGUGCGAGGUUCGUUCCUUCAAGUUGGGGUAGUCUAAGUCCAAAUUCACCGGGGAGAUGGUUCAAUAAUCAGAAUCACAUUCAAAAUCAGCAGAAUCGAGACCAAGCGCAAGAGGAGUUAGGUGAUUACGGGACCUUUGAGGGGUGA